UUACACGCAGGGAGGUUGAAUAAAACUGCAGCAAGCAUCACACCUAUGCCAUUGCUAAGCUGAGGCAGCCACCCAUCAACAUGAGCCACCAGGAGAUUCUCGGGAAGCCUGUCUUCCACCACUGCAUCGGGAGAUGUCCCUUCGUGGACAGCGGUGCGUUCCAGCGGACCGUGAGGCUGGACGUCCACCACCGCCAGAGCGUGGUUCAAGUUAUCGGGACGGUUCUGAAGGCGAGCUUGAGCAGGAGCGCUCCUCCGAAGUCCAAGGCCUUCAACGUCCAAUGCACGCCCAAUGUCCGGUUCAGCAUCAGCCCCACCCCGGUCCCGGGCCCCUCCCCUUCCCCCGCCCCCCUGCCACUGAACAACAACACCCUGCUGUUCAUCGUCAUGAAGGAAGCCAGUAUGGUUGAGAGUGACAGCAAGCUGUCCGUCACCUACUAUGGAGACAACACGGAGGUCCUUGGGAAGGCCGUGCUUCACCUCACCGCCAUCGAGGUGUCACUGGACGUAGAUGCCGACAGGGAUGGUGUUGUUGAGAAGAACAACCCGCACAAGGGGGCAUGGACAUGGGGCCCUGAAGGACAUGGGGCCAUUCUAUUGGUCAACUGUGACUCUGAACAAUUCUAUCAUAAAACUCCGGACAGUGACCGGAAACACAUCACAGCAGUCUCUGAUCUGAAUGACAUGUCGCCCAUGGUUCUGCGGACCAAGGGUCCGGCCCAGCUGCCCCCAGGGUACAAGCUGACCCUGCACAUCUCUCGGGGGGACGCCGAGAAGGUCCGAGUCUUCAGGUCCACGGCUGGAGACAUGCUUAGCCGCUUUUUGGGCAAGGUGUUCUUCCCUGACUUUGUGAAGCGCUACCCGCUGGUGCUGGACGAUCAGGUGCUCUCCCAGGAGGUGCCCUACCAGGAGGAGACGAAGCUCUACGUGGAGGGCCUCCGCUUCCCAGACAAAGACUUCGACGGGCUGCUCAAAAUACACCUCAGUCUGCUGGAGCCCAUCUCUGAGGACUUCCCAGAGACCCCCAUCUACACUGACACCGUGGUGUUCAGGGUUGCCCCCUGGAUCAUGACCCCCAACACCCUCGAGCCCGUGGAGGUUUUCGUCUGCAGCACAAAAGAUAACUACCCGUUCCUGAAGGGGAUAACUGGCCUGGCGAAGAAGAACAACUACAAGCUGAAGGUGUGCUACGAGUACAAGAACCGAGGAGAUCGCUGGAUGCAGGAUGAGCUGGAGUUCGGCUACAUCGACUCCCCUCACCAGCACUUCCCCGUGGUUCUGGAUUCUCCUCGGGACGGGGACCUCAAGGACUUCCCCUACGACGAACUGCUGGGCAAAGACUUCGGCUAUGUGACGCGAGUGCCCGAGGACGAAGAGGUCAACAGCCUGGACUCCUUCGGUAACCUGGAGGUCAGCCCGCCCGUCACAGUGAACGGUAAACACUACCCACUGGGCCGGAUCAUCAUCGGCGUGGCCUUUCCUACGUCAGCUCACGGUCGCAACAUGACCAAGGUGGUCCAGGACUUCCUGUGGGCCCAAAAGGUCCAGGAGCCGGUGGCUCUGUUCUCUGAUUGGCUCUACGUCGGUCAUGUGGAUGAAUUCAUGACCUUCGUUCCAGCACCCGGCCCUAAGGGUUUCCGUCUGCUGCUGGCCAGCCCAGACGCAGGCUACAAGCUGUUCAAAGGCCUGCAGAACGAUGGGCACGGAAAGGCCAAGAUCUUUGAUGGUCUGGGACCAGAUGAAGAAAUAUCAGUGGACGAAAUACUGGACAACGAACGUCUUAAAUCUGAAAACGAUUAUGUACAGAACUGCAUCGACUGGAACAGAGACGUGCUGAAGAGAGAGCUAGGAUUGGAUGAUGAUGACAUCAUCGACCUGCCUAUCCUCUUCAAGCUGAUGGAAGACAACCGGGCGGUGGCGUAUUACCCUGACAUGGUGAAUAUGAUCGUGUUGGGCAAGGAGCUGGGCAUCCCUAAGCCCUUUGGGCCCAAGGUGGACGGUCGAUGUGCCCUAGAGGCAGAGAUGACCUCCCUGAUGGAGGCGCUGGGUCUGAACUGCACUUACAUCGACAACUUCGCCUCCUACCACAAGCUCCUCGGAGAGGUGCAUUGCGGGUCCAACGUCCGCCGGAAGCCUUUUGAGCUCAGGUGGUGGAACCUGGAGAUGUGAGCCCGGUAACCGGGGCGACAACCGAUGGUCGGUUUCUGAAUCACCGAAGUUCGGUCGCACUAGUAGAUUAGAGGGAGCUUCGGAAAGUACAACUAUAAUAUUUUCAAGUAUAAUAUUUCUAUAUGAGACGAGCUUUGUUUGACACUAAGUACAAUGUUGGUAUGUUAACAUUUCAUUUCAAGUUUGAAACGUGUCAGAACUACCCCUGGUAUAUCUUGACCUGAAUAAGCCUUUAACAUGCCUUAAGUCAUUUCAUUCAACCCAAUGUGAAGUUGGCAGAUUAGAUAUCACCUGAGUUCAACAUGUUUCUCCAUUUUUAUUAAAGAUUUUUGCUCUUAUUUACAAAAA